AUGGCGAUGAUGAUGACUGGCCGUGUGCUGCUGGUGUGUGCCCUCUGCGUGCUGUGGUGCGGUGCCGGUGGCAGAUCUGACGGGGGAAAAACGGCAGGCUCUGGGAGUGGUGAUGGGUCUCCGCUGGAAUCAAAAGAACUUGAAACGUCUCCACAAGGCACCCAAGGCUUACAUGGUAGGGAAACAGGCGUUAAAGGAAAUGUACCACCCGCAUCUUCCACACCUACAGAGGAAGAGGACGAUGUUGAUGAAGUUGAUAGUGACAAUGAUGUAGAUGAAGAGACGGAGGCUGAAGAAGGAAGUAUAGAAGGGCAGAGUGAUAAAGGAGGAACAGCUGCACUAGACCCAGGUUCUGGGGAAAAGAAUUUAAGUGGCAGCGGGCAGGAAAAGAACCAGUCAAUUGCAUAUACACAGGGCAUUUCUCUUUCCGACAGUCAGGAAUCAAAUGCUAUUUCCACGCAACCGGAAGUUGAAGAAAAGAAUGAGACUGACGAAAAUACACCUGCAGUAGAGAACGCACUCAAAAGAGUUAACAGAGAGAGCACAGUGCCUGCGGGAGGAAAUCUUCCACCACCUCCAGAAGAAGGUGUUGAUUCCCGCAAAAAGGAUGGCGAAGACACCACGAGUGAAGAUAAAAAAAAUGAUCCGUCGCCUGAGACCGCAGACACACCACAAAGCCACCGAGACGAAGGCUCAGAACGGACUGAGGAAGACACAAAAGCAACGACAGUAACCGCAAACACAAAUGAUACGACGAACGCACAAAGCAGCGACGGCAGCACCGCGGUCUCCCACACCACCUCCCCUCUUUUUCUUCUUGUUGCGUGUGCCGCUGCGGUGGUGGCCGCGUAA